AUCAAGGCGACGAGUGUACAUGUUCCUGAUUUGUCAAGAGGUGGCUUUCACUCCAUUUGCUUUCGCUCUUCUGUUUCUCCAUGCUUAUCAGUUCUCACCGGGGCUAACUGUGUCGUUGUCGUUCAUUGAUUACGAAUUUCCUGUGCACCUCUACCUGUUUCUGUUUCAGUUGGGUCCGUUGAUAAUCUGCAGUUACGGACAACUGGCGCUGACCUUUCCCUUUCAAUAUAUCUGCCAGUGCCUGAGAUUGCAGUUUCAGUUAAAUAAUCAGUUUGCCCAAAAUAUUUUGUCGCAGUUGCAGAACGACAAAAUGCAGGCGCUGGAAGCGCUGGGCCUCUUGGAGAUGUCACGCGAACGACAUUGGCGAUUGACAAAGGUCACACGGAAACUGGACGGGAUUUAUUCUGGUGCGCUGUUCGUGCUGACAGGAUUCGAUGUGCUGGCUAUUACGUUAAUGAUCGGUAUUGCCAUGGGAGGAUCGUCAAAAGUCCCGCUGGGUGUUUUUGCAACCAACAGUAUUGUAGAUUUACUGUUCCUGGCAGGAUGUGCAUUUGGGAAUUCGUUUUUGCUCUUCGGACGGAUGAUUACAGCGGCCUCCGUAAAUUCCCAGGCGCAAGCAAUCGUCGACAUUUAUCACGAAUUAGCGGAAACUUUUCCUGAAUGGAAGCACAAAAUAGAAAGCAUCACAAGCGCCACUAUUCAACGCCUGCGUGAUAGGCCCGUUGGGUUUACUGCGUGGAGACUAUUUUUGUUGGACAUGAAUUUCAUCAUCACGGUUAUUGGAGCACUGUUGACUUACUUAGUUGUGGUGUACGAAAUGACCUCGAAAAACGACGAUUCCCACGGUUCUGUAAAUCGCACCGGCUAAUUGUACGUUGCCAGCUAAUUGUCUUAUUCUUUUGAAUACAGACAUUAGGAAAACAUAACCGACAACUCACGGUGAAUCCCCAGAAACCAUGCAAUCGGAUACGUUGAGCGAAAAACCUGGCUAUGGCUGGUUCGAGC